AUGUUAUCAAUGACAAUUUGGUUUUUUUUAUGGUCAUGUUUUUUUGUUCUUGCUCCACCACCAUUGAAUAUUAAUCACAGUCGAUCUCUGGUGAAUUUAACCCUUGAAAUCUCCAAAUUAUUAAAUAAUAAUUCAGAAAUAUUAAUCAAACAACGAAAAAUGAAAAUAGAUCGUACUAAGAGUACAAAUAAUUAUCAUCAUUUCGACAUCAAUUCUUAUCGAAGUUCGUGGACAUUUAUUGAUAAAAGAACGAUUCGAGUUCGUUUUCGUCUUUAUGAAUCAUUAUUAUAUUCUAUUGUAUCAACACGUUUUCUUGUUCGUCAUACACGUACUAAUCAUGUUCGCAUAUAUGAUGAACAAAAUGAAAUAAUUAAUUCAACAUUAACACUCUAUUUACAUAAUAUGAAACAUGGCCGACAUACCGAUAUUAUUUUUAAUUUUCAUAAAUAUGGUCAUCAAGAUAUGGAUUCAGAUGAAUAUGGAAAUACAUUUUUCUUUCUUCUUACACAAUAUGCUAUAGUAUUGGGAAUAUUAUGUAUUUUACAACUAGUGCAUGCAGCUCGCAAACGUCGAUUUUUACGAACUGUUUAUGAUAAAGCAAAUGCUUUACUUAAUUAUAUGACGGAAAAUCAUCAUCAUUUACAAAAAAAUAAAUCAACAACAGAUUUAAAUAAUGAAAGACAUGCAUUAGAAUAUCUUAUCUAUAAUUUAAAUCGACAUGCUUUAUGUAAUUUAGAUGAAAUGCAGGCGCAACCCGCAAAUGAAAAUAAUGUUAAUAUAAUAAAUCAUUCAUCAAUAACUAAUCGUCGAAGAGCAGAAUCCGAAAAAUAUUUAAAAUUGCCUAAUCGAUUAAACGAACAUCCGCAAAUGCCUUUACUCGAACAUCGUCGUCGAACAAUAGCAACAACAAGAAAUCAUAACUUUGAUCUAAAUGAUGAUGAUUUUGAGGAAAAUGAUGUGGAUAUACCAUCAAAUGAAGAACAAUCAACUAGUGUUCAAUCGUUAUCUCAUAUUCUUGAAGCAAAUAAGCCAUGGAUGACAAAAUUAACUGAGAAUGAUAAAAAAUUUUAUGAUGAAUUAAUUGAUAUGGCUGAAGAACUUGAUCUUUGUGUACAAUAUCUAAUAGUCAUUUAG